GCUACUGCUUCCCUUUCUUUGGAUAUUAAAUAACUUCCAUAACGGCACGAGUCAUUAACGACUCGCUAUUAUAUGAUUCCCCUUCCUCGACACGUGUCCGUCCACCUGCCCCUUUCUUACUGUAACCGGUAAAUGUUGCGCUCCUAUAUUUUCUCCACUAACCGAUUCGUCCGGUAACCGAAUCCCCCCUAUAUAUACACGGUGGACGCAACUGAGGAUCAGUCCGUUCACAUAUAUACAUAUACUCUGAAACUCUCCGAUAAGUUAGGGUUUUUGAGAUUCUUCAGUUGUGGUGGCGCUAAUGGCGACGGCGGCGGCGAAGGAGGUUUGCAACACGAUCAAGGGGCCGUGGAGCCCCGAGGAGGAUGAUUUAUUGAAGAAACUCGUGCACUGCUUCGGUGCGAGGAGUUGGACGUUGAUAAGUCGGUCGAUUCGGGGGAGAUCGGCGAAGUCGUGCAGGUUGCGGUGGUGCAAUCAGCUUUCGCCAGAGGUGGAGCACCGCGCGUUCACACCGGAGGAAGAUAAGAUUAUUCUAGAAGCGCACGCGAAGUUUGGGAAUCGUUGGGCGACUAUCGCAAAGCUUCUCAACGGUCGUACGGAUAACGCGAUUAAGAACCACUGGAACUCGACGCUGAAACGGAGACUCUCCGCUGAGAGUAGCGAGGAGGAUGAGCGGCAGCGGCCGCCUCAGAUUCCGAGGAGAUCUGAGAGCGGAGAUGUUACCACCGCCACGAUGAGGAUGACUAAUUUAAGUCCUGAGAGCCUAUCCUUAUCCGAUUCCGAUCUCACCGACUCCAACAACAAUGCGAAAGCUUCAAUUAAUUUACCGAGGAGCACACCGGCGGCAUCUUCGCCGGUAGUCGCCGCCGAUGAAGAAAACAAAGAGUUAAUUGAAUUGACUCUCUGCUUACCAGGUACAGCGAGCAACUCAGCUAAAAAAUACACCGUUCAAAGAGAUGCUCUAUGGAAAUUUCAUGAUCGCCUGAGGAACAUCGACGAAUCUUCGUCGGAGGCGGCGGAUGGGGAUGUGGAUGUAAAUAACAAAACGACGUCGUAUAGUGCAGAUCUGAUAACGGUAAUCCACGAGAUGAUCAAAGAGGAAGUGCAAAAUUACGUUUCGGGACAUCAAUCGGAAUCAAUGCAGAGCUUUAUGUGGUGAUUUUGAUUUGCUAUUUGCUGAUACUAUGGAGCCUAUUAGUCACGUGCAAAGCAAACUAUAACUGCCAAUGUGGAGUCAUUGGGCAGUUUUGAAACGGUUGAGCUAAUCAUUGAAUUUGACUUCAAUUUAGCAUUAUUAAGCACAAAUCUAAGGGGUACGUAUAUUUAUUAUUAUACUUAUUAUUAUUUCUGUUUUCUUUUUUAAAAUGUUAUAUUAGUUUCUUUAUUUUUUAUUUAAAAUGAAAGACAUGUGAUUGGUUCAAAAUCAUCUCAUUGGACUGUAAAUAUUGGACCAUUCUUCUUGGGCUUCAGCAAUGUGCUUCAUUUUAAUUGUUUUUUUUAUUAC